UGCUUCACUUUACUUCUCACUUGGGUUUCACAACUCCUCUCCUCUCUUCCCUCUCAAGCUCUUCCUUGUUGGGUUUGCUUCAGAUUCUUUCAUGGGUUUCUUGUUCGGUUCUGAAUCUAUGGCUCUAACGCUUCUGCUUUUACUUUUAGCUCUUUCAGUAGCUACUGCUGAUGAAGAUGUGUUUAUUGGUGUGAAUAUUGGAACAUCCCUCUCCGACAUGCCACACCCAACUCAAGUAGUAGCACUUCUAAAAGCCCAGCAGAUUCGACAUGUUCGGUUAUAUGAUGCAGAUCGUGCCAUGCUUGUGGCACUUGCAAAUACAGGAAUUCAAGUCAUUAUUUCUGUGCCUAAUGACCAGAUCCUUGGAAUCGGUCAAUCUAAUUCCACUGCAGCUAAUUGGGUAUCCCAGAAUGUAGUAGCACAUUACCCAGCUACAAACAUCACAGCUAUAUCUGUUGGUUCAGAAGUCCUUACUGCCGUUCCAAAUACUGCAAAAAUCCUCGUCAGUGCUCUCAAAUACAUUCACUCGGCCCUUGUGGCAUCCAAUCUUGACAGCCAAAUCAAAGUCUCAACUCCUCUUUCUUCGUCCAUUAUCCUUGAUUCGUUUCCACCUUCCCAAGCUUUCUUUAACCGCUCACUGAAUCCAGUGUUGGUCCCUAUGCUUAGUUUCUUGCAGUCCACAGGUUCGUUCCUGAUGCUUAAUGUGUACCCAUACUAUGACUACAUGCAAUCAAAUGGUGUUAUUGCAUUGGAUUAUGCACUGCUCAACCCUCUCCAGGCAAACAAAGAAGCUGUUGAUUCCAAUACGCUUCUCCAUUACUCCAAUGUAUUUGAUGCUGUGGUUGAUGCAGCAUAUUAUGCCAUGGCUUUUCUUAACUUCACCAAUGUUCCAGUAGUCGUGACAGAAUCAGGCUGGCCUUCAAAAGGUGAUUCUAAUGAGCCAGAUGCUACAUUAGAAAAUGCCAACACUUACAACAGCAAUUUAAUAAGGCACGUGUUGAACAAAACUGGAACUCCAAAACGUCCUGGACUUGCAGUUAGUACUUUCAUUUAUGAACUCUAUAAUGAGGAUACAAAACCUGGGCCUGUCUCAGAGAAGAACUGGGGAUUGUUUGAUGCAAAUGGAACACCUAUCUACAUAUUACGGUUGACGGGAUCAGGGGCAGUAUUAGCGAAUGAUACUACAAAUCAAACUUUCUGUACAGCCAAGGAUGGCACUGAUACAAAGAUGCUUCAGGCUGCACUAGAUUGGGCUUGUGGACCUGGCAAGGUGGAUUGCUCACCAUUAUUGCAGGGAGAACCAUGCUACGAACCAGAUAAUGUGAUUUCGCACGCAACAUAUGCAUUCGACACUUAUUAUCAUCAGAUGGGGAAGACAUCUGCAUCAUGUGACUUCAAUGGAGUGGCUGCAAUCACCACUACCGAUCCAAGCCAUGGCUCCUGUGUAUUUCCCGGCAGUCUUGGCAAGAAUGGAACCUUGGUCAACAUCACAGCUCCGUCUUUGAAUUCCACAAGUGGAGAUUCUUCUGCAUACAACUUUCAGAGCAAUGCUUUCACAAGCAUAGUACUCAUUCAUGUUCUCAUCAGCUGUGCAGUUUUCUUGUAGACAGGUUUAAUUGUGGAGAACUUUCAGAAAUUUUGUG